CACUACCUACCCAUCGCCUCCUCCAUCUUCCGCCGACCACCACACACCGUCUCCUCCAUCCCCCGUCGACCGCACUCGCACUCGCAACACUUCGAUCAUCCACCAUGGCAGCCAACACCAAAUACACGCCGGCGCCGCAGCGCGACAGCUUCGAGGAGCAAGGAUACAGCCAGCCUCCACCAUCUUAUCAAGCUGAGCCGGUCAUGGGCGAGGCCCGCAGCGAAGACGACAACAUCCCCGACGACUUCAAAUUCGGCGGCUCCGUGGCAGAAGCGACUCUUCCCAUCCGCAUGCAAUUCAUCCGAAAAGUCUACGCCAUUCUGACUGUACAACUCCUCGCGACGGUCGCCCUCAGCGCCAUCUCCUUCUUCAGCGAUGGCUACCGCAAGUGGAUCCAGUCGAAUCAGUGGAUGAUGUGGGUGUCGCUAUUCGGAGCGAUCGGAUUCAUGCUUUUGACGUUUUGGAAGAGGAAGAGUUAUCCCAUGAACUUGGCUUUCUUGAGUGGAUUCACGGCGUUGGAGGCAUACAGCAUAAGUGUCAUCACCAGCUUCUACGAAAGUCGAAUCGUGCUGCAAGCGUUGAUCUUCACGCUCGGAAUCUUCGUCUUCCUCAGCCUGUUCGCCUGCCAGACCAAGUACGACUUCACCUCAUGGAUGCCAUACUUAUUCGGAGCGCUCUGGGUUCUGAUCCUGUUCGGCUUCAUGACCAUGUUCUUCCCGCAAACAAAGGGGGUUGAGCUUGGUUAUGGUAUCGCUGCGGCGUUGAUCUUCAGUGCAUACAUUCUUGUGGACACGCAGCUCAUUAUGCGCCACUACCACGUCGAGGAGGAGAUUGCCGCUGCGAUCAGCUUGUAUCUCGAUGUGCUCAACCUGUUCCUCGCUAUCCUGAGGAUUCUCAACAGCCAGCAGAACAACUAG